CAAAGCUACCAAAGCGGUAAAACCAUGUUCAGUCCAAGUUCAGUUAUGUUCUUGGUCCUGGGAACUUUUAUCAGCCUAAACGGUAUAGCAGUCAUCACAGCUGCCGAUGCCUCCAAUGGAACAAAUCUGGGAUUGAUUACCAUACCGUCGCAGGCUCAAGUAUGCCAGUGCUCGCUGUCAUUGUCCUGCAGCUGUUGCCAGAGCGUUUCAGUGAACGCUGUUAAUGAAACCAAGACUCUGUGCCUGACAUUCAAAAUUAGCGUGCUCAGUGGAUCAGUAGAUGUGGGAGUCACCAUGGAUGGAAAUUCCUUGACUAGUUUCACCGUCAGCACUAAGACACCACCCACUUAUUGCCUUCCACUGAUCUCAGUAGUAGCUCCUCUGAACAUGUGCCUCAAGCUGAACAUUAAUCUGGCUGGCCUGUCCGGCAUCAAAGCUUGCCCGACUUUCUAUACUAGCUAUGAUAGCAAUGAAGUUGUCAGCUAUGAUUUUCCGUGCAUUCAGUUGGGUAUGGAUGGAGUAAGCCUGGUGUAAAAGGAUCCCAAAAAUGAAGGGGACAGUUUUUGCUUUGAUGGUUUAUUUGUUGUUUCUUUAUAUGGAUGUAUUACAUUCUUGCAUAUAUACAAAUGUUAUUGGUCAAAUGCACAAUGGAAAUUAACCGCAACACAAAUAAAAUUAAAGAGAUGAUUCUGUUGACAGCUAAGCUUG